AUGGAAAAAAGAGAACUAAAUACAGAGCUUCUUCGAAAAACGGUGAGAGAGCUGCUCUCUAUCAUGGAAAACGCAGACGUACUGCCAAAAGAGACUUUUCACAUUCAAAAAUUCUUUUUGGAGCAGAGAAGUAAAAUUAUACAACUGGGAAAACUCGUUGUUGUUUUGUCCGGAAUUCCAGAAAACUCCAAGGAGGCCCUCAAGUUCGGAAGGCUUCUGGUUUCAAACUACAUAUGCAGCAAUGUGGUGAGCAUUGAGUUUCUGAACAGAGCACUUACGUGCGAGCUGGAGAGUGAGGGCUUGCUAAAGGAGGAGAUCAUUCAAUUUGUAAGCAAAUCCUUGGCGUAUCUGAAAAAAGACAAGAAAGACUUCUUGAGGACCAUUAAAAAGGAGAAGAGCGUGCUGAAACGGCUGAAGACUUCCGAAAAGGCCGCGCGCAGUAACCCGGAGUGGAAGAGCGAAAUAGAGACCCUGGAAGAGCGAAUAAGGAACAUUUCGCUGAUUAUUAGAAACAGAGCUGCACCGAAAAAAGAGACUGCAAAGCCUCCAAAGGACCGCGGGUUUCGCGAUCUAAUAUACAGGCUUUCUAGACUAAAAUGCUUUUGCAGCUUUAAAAGGAAGGCCAAGGUGUCAAAGUACGACGUUCUUCGGGAAGUCACACUGCACAUGCUGGAGACCCAAUCCAUAUGCUACAUUUCCAUUAUACCCUUCAUGUGUAAAGACCGGCAAAAGAUAAAUAUUGAAAUGUGCUCGCCCCUGGGCAUAGAGCCCGGGUUUAUAGGCAAGGCAAAGAAGUAUAUAAAGUAUACUCUGCAGGAGCUUGCAAAGAGCUGCCCAAGAGAUGCGGCCCGCCAUGUUCGAGCGUGUGUCGCCGAGUACAGGAAAACCGGAGACUUUGAAAAGACAAAGCUCAGAGAUGCUCUUAUGGCUCUUUCUCCGUCAAGGACCAGCACAAUUGAAAAGGUUGUAGAGUCGCCUACGAAUAGAAUUUUCCACAUAAACAUUAUUCGGAUUUUGUACCUUUUGAUACACGACUCGGCGUUUAACAAGAUACAGCAGUAUAAGAAACUUCACAGCGUCGGCACGAACACGCUAGCCAUAUUUGUUAGGGAAAACAGAAUAUACCACAGAGCUCUUAUUCGGCGCUAUGCAAGCACGCCAAAAGAUGCGCCGCUGGAAAGAGUGAGCGAAGACGGGGGCCAGAGCCUGCACUUUUUGGUGCGGAGCAAGGCCUUUGCAGACACAUUCUAUUUAACGCGGACCAUAUCCGAUGGCAUAUUUACUGCAGACGGAAUUUUGUCAAGUUACUACAGAACAUACCAUGUGCUAAGAACAUCGAUUCUUGCAAGCCUCUUAGACAUUCUAACAAAGAAGGUGUCGGCUAUUGUGUGUGCAAAUAUUGACAGCCGAGCGCGGAGAGACCGAAAAUGCAGCGCCGACAAGCUGCAUAGCAUAGUAAAAAGGAGGAUUCUUAGCCUUCUGCACGUAAUGACGAUUAGGUUCCUAAAGACCAAAAACAUUUCUCCAAGAGAGUUUGUUUCUUCCAUAAACUUGGACGAGUUUGAGAAAAGAGGAAUCCCCGGCUGUCACAAAGAAGUGUGGAUGUUCCUUCUGCUGGCGCUUCCUAUGUUUGUGUUUUCUGCAAGCAUUCUGCGGGUUUAA